CAUCAUCUGAACAAAAAGAAAGACAUUUAAAUCAACCUUAAUUUGCAUUUCAUAUAGAGUUUUCAAAAUUCAAAACUGACACACAUUCGGGCUAGAACGGCUGGUACAAAUAAAACUGUGAAAAGAACACGUAACAUAGUUCCUUCUUGACGCAGUUGUGUCUCUGGGAAUUUUUUUUGCCUUAUGUUAAUUUUCAAGCAUGGUUGUCUGUACGUCUGCUAAACAAAUAACAACAUAUACUGCUCUUUACUGUUGGCAGGUAUCAAAUUGGUCAAAAGUUGGGACUCCUGGUUUAGUCCUGGUUAGUCUUGGUUUAGACCUGGUCUAGAUCAAAUUGGUCAAAAAUAAGGACACAUGGGACAUUUCUGGUAUAAAACUGGAACAAACGAGUGACAUUUACCUUUUAGUUUGUCAAAGUCUAAAAUGAAUUACUGAUGUUCAGAGAGAACAUUUUGGUGUAAGAAGAAGUAGAAAGAAAUCAUCAGUUAAUGAAGCAUUUUGGUGUUUCUAUUUAACAACUGAGAAGGUUAAGCAGUAGAAAAAAAGUACAUAUAUAGUACACAGUAACAACGAAAUAUUUUCUUCUUUGGUAAAUCUUACAAUCACGUGCUUUCCAUUUCUAACCAAUAAUCUUUUCUGUUGAGCUUUUCAAGUCAGCAUAGACUAUAGAAUAAUAGACAACAAAACAGCUGUAAGAUAUACUCACCAGUGGCUGAUGCACAUGUGAAGCACAAGGUUAAGAGGAUAGCAAACCUGCUCUUCUGCAUGUUGCUCAGUAUGUGAAAGAGAGUGGGGCUGUUUCGACUAAUUUCAAGCGCAAAGCAUCAUGGGAGAAAACCACAGAGACUCCCAGUAGAGAGAGACACCGGAAAGCUGUUUAAGUUUCACAUGAAUUGAUUGUCCCACAACAAUUCAAGUUGCACUUAUGCCUAUUUGCAGUAUACUGUCAUUAAGAUAAUCUGAUAAACAAAUAAUGUAAAAAUGUACUUGUAACAGCAACAAAGAUUCAGAUCACUUCCUGCUCUAUAUUAAGUUAAAAUAAACAUUAAUAACUAAACUAACCCUCACUAACAUUAGCUGCUCUCUCUGUUUGACCUUUCUCUUGCUGUUAUAAUGGGACAGUUUAUUUGAAACAAUGUCUUAAUACAUGCUAUGUUAUAUGCUAUAUAUGCUAAAUUACAUUAACAUUUAUGGUGGGGGGUCGACUACUGCUUGUCUCUGUGGAGAUGUUAUUGCUUUGGCUGGAAUGUACCAAUGGCUUUAAAUGUGUCUGUCUAGCAGUCAUUUCAUACUGGUGUUUAUUGCUCAAAAAUAACCUGGAAAAUAAGCAUUCUUCCUGUGAACAAGGUCUCUCCACAGAUCUGAUCCGUAAGAUGGCGUGGUGGCAUCACCUGUAUGUUUCUACAGAGAUAAGUUUAACCAAUCAUUGAUUGAAUGUCAUACUAUACAUUUCAGGCAAUAGUAACAACUCCACGGAGACAAGCAAGGAAGUUAUAUAGUACACCUUUAAUUACUCAAAGUAUAUUUGACAACUGGAGUUUUCAAAUGACGGGAACAUGAGAAUGACAUCUAUUUUUAAACUAACCCUUGAGCUGAAUCGGUUUAUUGUUUAUAGGAGCCAUUUUGAGGAUUUUGACCAUUAGAUAGAUAUAUUUUGUUUUGUAUUUUUAAUUUCUCUGUAUUGUUUCUAUAGUUUUUCAUCCCUCUGAAACCCAUAGAUAUGGCUGCUGCCAUGCUCCUAAAGGUUUAUGCCCAUACUUUACAUUGGCCCUGACAAUGAUGUAUGGAUGAAGUCCUCUUUCUUCCACAAAAGGACAGGGCUCUGGCUCACACUCAGGGAUGGCUGGGAGCUGCUCUAAGGCUCGUCUCCUCUCUUUGUUCGACUAUAAAACGGAAAAAUAUAUUGUAGCAAAAAACAAAAAAGUAGGUGUUUUGUACAGACUCAUUCAGCUGACAAUUAUUGGAUACAUCAUUGGGUGGGUAUUUGUGAGUAAGAAAGGCUACCAGGAGACAGAUGAGGCGAUCCAGAGCUCUGUCAUCACUAAACUCAAAGGCGUCUCUGUCACAAACACCAGCGAGUCUGGGGUCCUUGUGUGGGGGCCUGAGGAUUAUGUCAUUCCUCCACAGGGAGAAGCUGUCCUUUUUGUUGUGACUAAUUUCCUAGAGACACCAAAUCAGCAGCUUGGAUACUGUGCAGAGAGCUCAAAGGUUGUGGAUGGUCACUGUGCAUCUGAUGCAGACUGUAGAGAAGGACACACAGUUGUAGCUGGAAAUGGACUGAUGAGCGGUCGGUGCAUAAGCGGUGAUGUGAAUUCAACUGGGACAUGUGAAAUCUAUGGCUGGUGUCCUGUUGAAAAGAAAUACAAACCACGGCGAGCACUACUGGCAAAUGCAGAAAAUUUCACUAUUUACAUCAAGAAUUUCAUACAGUUUCCUAAAUUUUCAUUUUCUAAGUCUAAUGUUCUGGAAACUAGUGACGAAUCGUACUUAAAGGCAUGCCAAUACAAUGAAAAGGUCCAUCCUUACUGCCCCAUAUUUCGGCUUGGAGACAUCACCAGGAGAGCAGGCUACAACUUUCAAGACAUGGCUAUAUAUGGCGGGUCAGUUGGCAUUAUGAUUGACUGGGACUGUGAUCUUGAUAAAGGAUACUCCCAGUGCCAUCCACAGUACUACUUCACGCGCUUGGACACCAGCGUCUCCAACAGAAGCAUUGCAAUGGGGUUCAACUUCAGACACACACGCUAUUUUAAGCAUCACACUGGUGAGAUACACCGCUCCCUGUUCAAAGUGUAUGGAGUGAGAUUCAACAUCAUGGUACAUGGGAAGGCAGGCAAAUUCAGCAUCAUCCCAACAGCAAUUAAUGUUGGCUCAGGGCUGGCUUUGAUGGGCGCGGGAGCCUUUUUCUGUGACAUGGUCCUCCUCUACCUGAUGAAGCAGAGCACCUCAUAUCGAGAGAGGAAAUAUGAGGAAAAAAGAAAAGCAAAAGGCACAUCUCAAGACAACAGUAUGGAGGACAGGAGGAAUAGCACAGACCCAACCAAGUUGAACCAAAAUCAGAGGAAAUUUUUUUAUCUUCAAGAAUAAAGAGGACUAUAAAUAAAUAUAAUUAUUUUGGGUAAAGGGGUCCCUUUCUCAUUUGGUCAUCAAGUUGCUAAUACUUUUUGUUA